ACUCUCUAUUUGAGUUAUUAAGUUCAGUGCAUAACCUACCGCGAUAGAAACAAGUAUUGUGGUGUGCAAUUGUUAGUGCAUCAGCAGCAAGCGAAAUGGCAAAUAUUGUAAUAUUGUUUUGCUGUCUAGCAAUUUCUUCUAUUACCGCCGCCCCUGCAAGCAACGAACAGUUAGAUAAGGCCACUGUGAAUGAUAUCGCUGUAAACACAGUCGAAGACAACGCCAACAUUGUUAACAAUAAACAAGUGGAAGCUGUUUCUGUACCUGCUAACUCCUCGGUGUCGACUGUGGAAAUAUCCGGAAUAACCACGGGAGCUGAAGCAACCCCAUCAGCAACACCUGCAGUAGAAAACACUCCAUUCAAACCUCAAAGAGCUGGAUCAAUGUUUGCCAGAUUUAUUGAUGACAUCUUCCAGAUACCCAUCAUGGUACUGCAAAACGUAGCAAGACUCAUCACGAGUCCUUUCACUCAAGCCAGGAAAAACCCAGAAGUUUUGGCGCCUGUUUCGUAAUACUGUUAUUUGUUAGUUGUUAUUUUUUAUGAUUGUGUGAUUUUUUUUUAUUGUAAAUAGGUAAUUAUUUGUACUAUAAAUAUAUAUUUUUAAAUUAUUUUUAUAUCUUCGUUUAUACGUAAAUUAUAUUAAUCUAAAGAACUAUAUAGUGCUCAAAUAGGUACAUUUGUAAAUGUUGAAUGUUAUAUGAACAAUUGUACUUGCCAUAAAUUUGGUAACUUCAAGUGGAUAUUUAAAUUAAUUGGGAAUUUCCUUUACGAAUGAAACUCUAAAUCGAUGCCCUUUUUGUGCCAUGUAAUAUUUGAUGGUCAUGAUUUCUAAUAAA